AUGAGUUGCCGCUGCCAUGACUGCGGCCGUUGGUUCGCGGACGAGAACGAAUGGCGCAUGCACCGACAAGUCCACCUUCCAGCCGCGUACGAAUGCUUCAAGUGCACCAACCGCUACCGCAAGUACUCUGACAUGAUCUGUCAUCUCGAGUAUGGCUGCGGCGGCAUCGAUGCCGAGGACCUGAACAAAUCUGCAGCCAUGGUCUACCAGUGGAAGCAUAUCAUGGAUCCUGAUUAUCGAGUUGAAAUCCUGCGUAUGGAUGCUGAGUAUGGCAGGAACUGGAAUCAUGAGGGGCAGCCGCGGAAGUGCCCAAACUGUGGGAACUACUUCAAGAAGCUGUCGGCUCUGUUCCAGCAUGCGUGGAGCAGGUAUGGAGCGGAGGCUGAGGACGAGGGCGUGCUGGGAAAGUUGAAGAGGUGGUUGUGGAACCGCCAUGGCUAG